UCCAUGCACUGGGCUGUGAGAGGUAAGAAGGAACCAAUGCUGGAGGCACCUUUUGUACAUUCAGAGAGCUCGACAAAGACAGGGGAAUGGAGAGAACAAGCACAGGAGGAAUGGACUCCAGUGUCUAAGGACAACGAGGAACAGGCUGAUCAGGCUGGUGCUGGAAUCGAAGAGAAAAAAAUGCCUAGUGAAGACCCAAAUUGUUCCGAAAGCCUCACCUGUCCGUGCUUUUCCAACGUGAACCACUGCCAUUACAUUUUCCGCUGGUCAGCAGACUCUCCCUCAGAACUGCUCCGGAAAUUCAGGAACUAUGAAAUCUGAGGCUGGCUCAACCGCUGGAUGGGUCACCUUGUUUCUCAGUCAAUUUGUGAAAAUGUCUUUCAGUGAGAUAAGUUCCUCCUCUGACUGUUGAUGUUGUGCAGAGUCUUUUUACUGUGUUAUCUUGUACACUUCCAGUCUUGGUUAAAAAUAAACACUCAGUUAUUCCUUACGAGAGAGAGAGAGAGAGAGAGACAGACAGAUGGGACCAUUAGUUAGAAAUGAUAAAGCUGCCCCCCCCACCUCAGUUACCCCUUGAUUAUUAAAUAUUUAUGUUAUUCAGAUUACCCGGGAGUGUUGUAGAUAUAAGUGGAGCAAUAUGUGAUCUUGGAGUAUCAUUUUACGUAGCAAAUAAAAAUGUGAUGUUACACCUUCUUAAUUUAUUUAAAGGGUAUGUUAAAGUUAAUCAAUUGUAUUUAAUGUCAGAAUACUCCACAGCCUUUAUUUUCAGAAGCGAGUUCCGCAGUCCCUAAUAAUCAACAAUACUUGGUUGUUUGAGCAUGUGAGCACCAGAUCAUAAAAAUCACAGCAAUGAGGGAGGCCUUUCAGCCCAUCAGCCUUGUGUACCUAGCCCUUCAAACCGAGUAUUUAUUUCUAACACUCUUUUUAUAUGUGUCCUUUGAAAAUCUUCCUUCCUAUAGGAUACUGCAGUCUCUGCUCCAUGUUCUAUUCAUUGCGUUUGGUAAAAAAUUCAUAAUUCUAUCUACAUUAUCCCUGUCCUUAGUCUGUGACACUCAGCAUCACAGGUCCCCAGCAUCACAGAUACCAGUCUUCAGCCAAUUUGAUUCACUUCACGUGAUAUCAGGAAACGGUUGGAGACACUGGAUA